GUUCGUUCCUGGCGAAACUUGCUUAAAGGUGCAAUUCAUAAGAACUUUUUAAAUGGCUUAGAAAGUUUCUUUGAUUUUGUCGUUUUCGUCUAGAUAUUACGCCUGAAAGUUGACAAAAAAGCAGAAAUAAUGUCACCUUAUUUCAUAACAGUGUGAUAUAAGAUAUAAACAGAGGGAUUUUGCAUUGUAAAGAAACAAUUCCUUUGCCAUUCGAUAUGAAUUAUACAAUUGUUUUAAAGUAUAAGAUGAAAUCAUGAAAUUACAAGAAAUAUCGGAGAUAAGAAUGAGUUUUUGACUGAUUAGCUUUACUUAACUAGCUUAACUAUAAAACCGAAUUAAAUUUGCAGCAAGUUUGAAAGAAACAUAAAGUUCGCUGGGCCUAAAUUUGAAAAAGUGAAGCUGCCUUUUCGAUCUGGCUUUCUAUAAGCAUUGUUAAGUAUGGUUUGCAUAAAUAAUAAUGGAUUCUAAAAGCUCAUCCGAAUACCAGUGCUUGAAUAUGCAAAGGAAAUGAAGCGAUGAGGACAGGUGCUCUAAAUAAGGACAAUAAAUAGGAAACCGCAAGAGCAGGUGAAUCGAAGAAGCUUGCAUGCAAUCCAUAGUUUAACUUGCUCCGGAAGCCAUCGCAGUCAUUAUCACUGGCUUCUUCAUCAUACUCAGAUUGAAACCUACUAUGACAAAACUGCUAGAAACCAGACAAUCAUAAGCCACAAUGGAAUGCGCUAACGAGAGGCCGCCACAAGAAAUCAACAGAAACGAGGUUAAUCAAAACGAGUCAGAUAAAUUCAAUUCCAAUGUUGAGUGGCACAAAGCAGAUCAUUCAGUUAAAGGGCGGGGCCAUUUAAAUUCACACUGGAAGAAGAAAUUCACUUUGCACAGAAAAGAUGUCAAUCCACAAUUUAGAAUACCCUUCAUAAUAACAGGGUACCGCAGUCCAAACCUCAACGCACUAGAGUCCCUUUACAGUGCGUUUGUGCCCAGCUGUAACGAGAGCAUUAAUUUCUGGUCACACUUCAUAGCAUUUGUUUUGUUCAUAGCCAAGUUUAAGGCACUGUUCUCCAGAGAUGACUACUCUCUUGAUGAUUCUAUACACUGGCCAUUGCUCUCGGCAGCUCUUGGAAUCUGUGGGUUCUGCUUUGCCAGUUCAAGCGCACAUAUGUUCAAUUCGAUGUCACCAUCAGCCCAGCAUUGUUGCUUCUUCAUGGACUACGCCGCUAUUGGCGUUUAUUCCGUUGGUGUUGGUCAAGCAUUCUUUUUCUACGCACGUCCAAUUGCGCCCGAAAUCUUCCCUUUCAAGUCAGCACAGCCAUUCACAAUUAUUUCUCAAUUAACCUCUAUAACAACAACACUUCUUUGCUGUUUAAGCAGGCUUUAUUGGACGAAACACAAAUAUCUGAUCCGAACCUCAUCCUUUGUGGCACCUUUUCUAGUUAACGCAUCACCAUACCUUUAUCGCAUGAUCUACUGUGCAAAUGACGUCGACUGUAUAUCCCAAGACUCCUUGUGGGUAUUUCAAAUUCAUUGUUUCUUCUACAUUGCCUCGGCUUUGAUAAACAUCCUUCGUGUUCCGGAACGCGUUUAUCCUGGGAAAUUUGACCUGCUUGGCCACAGUCAUCAUUUUCUUCAUAUUUUUACUGCAAUUGGUGCUUCUUAUCAAUUUGACUCCAUCAACCUAGACAUGAGAGCGAGGAAAAGUGAACUCAUGAAGCAGGCAGUGCAAUGCAACUUUUGGAACACCAUUUUAUCAUUUCUAAUAAGUGUAAUAAUGAAUUUCGGCAUUGCUUUGAUAUUUGGAUCCAAAGCUGGUGAGCACACUGAAGAACACGAAAAAGAAAAAACUACAUAGCUGGAUGAUAUUGAAGAAUAAGUUUCUUUGGAGUUUCAAAUUUGUACAAGGAUCACAUAAGCUUUUACGUGUGUGUUUGAGGUAAUGUGUAACUUGAAUGGAAUGGACACAAUUCUGUUUUAUUUUGUGAAAAUAAAUAUACUUAAAGGUGCAUUUUAGGCGACCGUAUUUUCUGCCUAACAAAAGUUGCUUGGUCCAAAACUAGCGCUAUUAAACGUCUCCAUCUAUAAUUGGGACACAUAAAAGACUAGCGUUCCAUUAAAUUUUUUUUAGUAAGUUUAAUAUGGAGAAUAUUCGAGAAACGACAGGCUCUUUCUUCACUUCUAACUUUAAACUAUAAAAGAUAAAUAAGUUCUUUAACUUCUUUUGUUCAAAUUUAAAGUCAAAGUGCCAAUAAUGAGUAACUGCAAUCGAUUUUAUAUCAUGUUCUCACGUUUUAUACUCUUAGAGUGUCUGGCAAAAAUCUUUGAUAUGAUAGUAUCGUAUAAAAGUUAUUUUCUUGCUGUUUGUUAGCAAUAUUUUAUGUUGUGUGUCUUGUAACUCAUCAAAGAUGAGAAAAUGCAUAAAAUGCACUGAAUGUUUUUUGUACCUCCGAGUAGUUUAACAAUAUAUCAUAAAAUUUAGUCAAACUUAAUUAAUUUUCAAUUCAAAAACUGUUGCUUAAUUCAUCUUACGUUAUAUUGGAAAACAUUGAAUUUUUACAGAUAUUCGAGAAUUCUUUUGUUAAAUUAUUAGCACUACGCUUCAAAGCAAGAGCAAAAGGUAACACGAUAACACUUUAUCCCAAAGUUUCUUGUUUUUGUUACACGUUGUGUGUCGUGGAUCUCCAGGUGUUAUCAAACCAGAACUUUCUUUCUCUAGGUGUUAUAAGAAUUAUUUCACUGGAAAAAACCCAUCAACCAACAUGAGCUCUUGGUUGAGCAGAAAAAAAUUUUCAAAGAUGAAAUUCGAUAGAAUAAAUAACAUUCUAGAAACGCCUAAUUAUUAAAAGAUCUGAAUUUCCUAUUAAAGCAAAAUAUCUCUAAAUGCCUUAUCAAAAACAAUGAAUGGCCGGGGUCCAGUGGAGUAACAGAAAAAAUAUCAGAACAGUGAAAGCAACUCGUUAGGGCCUCCAAGUCUUAGGAGACCUGAAAGCCACCCCCCCCCUCUCAAAAUGAUUGAAAGAAGAAAACAUUCUAGCAGAAGAAAUAGGAGCAAUAAUGAAAAAAUUUAGAUGUCUGACCAUUCCAAUGUUGGCUGAAGAUGACCAGCCUUUGCGGCGGAUCAAUUAUUUCAUUCUAUUUAUUGUUGUUAACAUGGUUAUAACUAUUUAAAAUUAUAUGUUUCAGAAU